ACGAUCAGAGAGUUGAGUUGUCGGUGUUUUGAAGUGAAUUUUUCAGAAAGUCUACACUUUUUGCAUCGUUUACUAAGAAAUUUGGAGUGGUUGAAGUGAUUAACCUGGCUACCAUUUAGAUCGCUAUGGGUUAUUUGGAGCGGUUGGAGUUAGAAAACUUCAAAUCAUACAAAGGCAAACAUACGAUUGGUCCAUUCAUGCGCUUUACUGCUAUCAUAGGCCCCAAUGGAUGCGGUAAAUCUAACCUGAUGGAUGCAAUCAGCUUUGUAUUUGGUGAGAGAACUCAAAGCCUGAGAGUCAAAAAUGUCAAGGAUUUGAUUCAUGGAGCACCAGUAGGACGCCCUGUAGGAACAACAGCCAAAGUAACUGCAGUUUAUGCGGAGGAAAAUGGUACAGAAAUACGAUUUACAAGAAAGAUUGUUGGAAGUGGCACUGAGUAUCGUAUUGAUGACAAAGUAGUGACACCACAAGUCUACACAAGUAAGCUUGAACAGCUAGGUAUCCUUGUCAAGGCAAAGAAUUUCUUGGUGUUUCAGGGCACAGUUGAGUCAAUUGCUAUGAAAACCCCAAAAGAAAGAACAGCAAUGUUUGAAAAAAUAAGCAGAUCUGGAGAACUUGCUGAACCUUAUGAAAGAAAGAAAACUGAAAUGCAAAAAGCUGAAGAAGAAACAAGCUUCAAUUAUCACAAGAAAAAAGGUAUUGCUGCUGAGAAAAGAGAAGCAAAGUUAGAGAAGGAUGAAGCAGAUAAAUACAAUAGAUUAAACCAAGAGCUUGCUGAUUGCUUACUUGAGUCACAACUGUUCAAGCUCUAUCAUAAUGAGCAAGAAAUUAAAGAAUUUAAGUCUGAACUGAAGGCAAAGAACAAAGAAAAUGACAAGUUUGAAAGCAGAAAGCAGACAAUUGAACAGCAGCUGAAAACAAAGAAGUCAGAAAAUGCCAAACUGACUAGAGAAAUGGCAACCAUUGAGAAGACCAUCAGGGAAAGGGAAGUUGAACUGAAUAAGAAAAGGCCUGCUUUUAUUAAAGCUAAGGAAAAGACAGCUCAUGUUAUCAAGCGACUGGAAACUUCAACGAAGGCAUAUGAAAAGGCUAGAGAAGCCCACAAGAGACAUCUUGCUGAGAUUGAGGAGCUAAAAAGCUCUCUUGAAGAGGUAGAACGUCUUGCAAAGCUAUAUGAAGAAGAAAUUGCUGCUGAAAGUCAAGGAGAAGACUUGGAGUUGAUGGACUCUCAGCUUGAAGAGUACAACAUUUUAAAAGAACAGGCCAGAAGGGAAACAGCUGCAGUGCGCCAGCAACUUGAUAGGAUCAAUCGUGAGCAACAAUCAGAUAAUGAAGCAUUGGAUGGAAUUAAACAAAACAAGAUAGAGCUACAAAACAGGAAAAAACAACUUGAAGAACAAAGAGCUCAGUUAAAUGAAAGAGUUGAUAAGCUGCAAGAAUACUUAAACACAAAUGUUGAAACUGUCAAUAAACUGAAGAAUGAUUAUGAACAGCUGUCAGAGGAGGUUAACAAUGCCAAUGCACGACAUAGAGAAGUAUCUUCAUUUCUAGAAGAUGUUCAGCUAGAACUGAAUGAAGCCAGAUCAGAUAAACAUGAGAGUGCACGGCAUCAAAAGAGAAAAGAGGUGAUGGAGAGUAUGAAAAGACUGUUUCCUGGUGUGUAUGGCAGACUGAUUGAUCUCUGUGAGCCAUCACACAAGAAGUACAACUUAGCCAUUACAAAAGUUUUUGGUUCGAACAUGGAUGCUGUCAUAGUAGACACAGAAAAGACUGCUAAAGAUUGCAUCCAAUACUUGAAAGAACAGAGAGCUGAGAGAGAAACAUUUCUGGCAUUGGACUUCAUCCAAGUCAAACCAAUCAGUGAACAACUUAGACAGAUUGGUGGUAACACAAAACUUGUUAUCGAUGUCAUUAAAUACAAACCUCCAGUUAUUAAGAAAGCAUUGCAAUAUGCAUGUGGCAAUGCCUUGGUCUGUGAGACAAUGGAAGAAGCCAGGAAACUUGCAUUUGGUGGCUCUGAAAGAAAGAAGACUGUAUCACUUGAUGGAACAUUGUUCCAAAAGUCUGGUGUUAUAUCAGGUGGUGUCAGUGACCUGAAAGCAAAGGCAAAACGUUGGGAUGAGAAACAAGUUGAUGGUUUGAAAAAGAAAAGAGAUCAGUUUCUCAAUGAGUUGAAAGAAUUAGCAAAGCAACGUAGACGAGAACCUGAGCUGCAGAACUUGCAGUCCCAGAUUGAUGGACUUGAUACACGUUUGAGAUAUUGCCGUAAAGAUAGAGAUGCCAUACAACAACAAACUCAACAUGACAUGACCCGUGAACUUGGAAUAAUUGACAAUAAAUUGGAAGCAUUAGAGCCUGAAAGAGCCCGUAUUUUAGCAUCACUGGGAGAGAGGGAGCAAGAAAUAAAGAAGACAGAAACUUCAAUGAACCAAGUUGAAGAUACGGUGUUUGAGGAAUUCUGUAAUACCAUUGGAGUUGACACAAUCAGGCAAUAUGAGGAGAAGCAGUUGAAAGCCCAACAGGAGAGGUCAAAGAAGAGACUUGAGUUUACCAAACAAAAAUCAAGACUUCAAAAUCAGCUUGCAUAUGAAGAGAGUAGAGACACUAAAACCCAGAAAAAGAAAAUUGAGAAGAGUAUAAAAAAUGAUGAGAAAGAAAUCCAGGAGCUGAAGCAAGAAGAAAAGGAGCAACUAAAGGUGAUUGAUACUGAAACUUAUGAGCUUGAAAAACUGCGUCUGGACAGGAAUGCAAAGAAGUCACGGAUUGAUGAGAAGGACCUUGAAGUGAAAGAGAUUAGAAAGUCUUUGAAUGCUCAUCUCAAAGAGGCUACAGCUCUGCAAAAACAAGUCACGUCAUUAGAAACACAACUUGAGCAGAAGAAAGCAGACAGACAUAGUCUUUUGAAAUCAUGCAAGAUGGAGAACAUUAUGUUGCCAUUUGAAAGAGGCAAGAUGGAAGACAUUGAUCUUGGCGAGCCCAGCCAACCAGAAGAUGAAUCGUCAGCCAUGGAAGUUGAUGGUGCUUCUAGUAGUCAACAGUCUCGUUCUUCAACCAAUGAAAAAGAAGCCAACAUAAUCAUUGACUAUUCAUCCCUUAGUCGUAAACUGAAGGACCAUGAAGACCCUGCUGAAGUAAGGAACAUGGCUAAUGAACUUACCAACAAGGUUGCUAAGAUACAGUCCACACUACAGCGAAUACAAGCACCAAAUAUGAAGGCAUUGGAAAAAUUGGAAGGUGCCAGCUCUCGUUUUCAGGAGACCAACUCAGAGUUUGAGCAGGCACGGUCAACAGCGCGCAAAGCAAAAAUAGAAUUUGAGUCUGUUAAGAAACAAAGAUAUGAUCGAUUUAUGGACGCAUUUGAACAUGUUUCUACAAGAAUUGAUGAUAUUUACAAGGAACUGGCGAACAAUCCUAGUGCACAGGCAUUCCUAGGACCAGAAGAUGCCGAGGAGCCAUACCUUGGUGGUAUCAAUUACAACUGUGUUGCACCUGGGAAAAGGUUCAGACCGAUGGAUAACUUGUCUGGUGGCGAGAAAACAGUGGCUGCGCUCGCUCUGUUGUUCAGUAUUCACAGCUAUCAACCAGCUCCUUUCUUCGUUCUGGAUGAGAUCGAUGCAGCACUCGACAACACCAAUAUUAAUAAAGUUGCGCGAUAUAUCAUCAACCAAACUCGUGAACAUUUCCAGUGUAUUGUCAUCUCUCUCAAAGAGGAGUUUUAUACUCGAGCUGAAGCACUUAUAGGCAUCACAGCAGAGCCUGACCAUGAGUGCACAGUAAGCCGUGUCUUCACUUUGGACUUGACCAAGUUUCCUGAAUAAACUCUGUACUUGAGAUUUGCACUCGUUUAGUAGUUCCUCAGUAUCCUUUUGGUUAGGGUUAAAUAGUCCAAGGUUAUUCAUAGAAGCAUGUUUAAGCAAGUUAUUGUACAUUCCUUAUGUUCGGUAAUGUAAAAAAUAAAAUUUUAGUACACUGGU